UCAGUUUAUAUACAUUACUUGUGUUACAUAUGCAGAAGUAUCCCAGAAGUGUGUUACGUAUUCAGUGACCAGUUCUAAGCAGGACCUCCUGUUUCCUUGGUGCAGAGACAAGGCAGAACUUCCUUAUCUCCUUGGUUCAGACACGGCUCUUUCUGUUAUCUAGAUAAGAAUUGCAGGGCAGGAAUAUCCAUCAACGAACGCUAGCAAGCUUAACUGUGUUGCUGUAAGUUGUGCCAUGCAGGGGCAGUGUUCUUCUUUAGCAUCCCCCCACCUUUUUGGAUAUGCUGUUUUGUUGUUAAGCCAACCAAGAUAAAAGCAUUUCUGCGUGAGGAGGCUCUGAGGUCAGGCGCUGCUGGAUGAAAUCAGCCUUCCUGAGGGCACUGCAGCUGGAAAACCCAGUGAUGAUCCAGUUUCUGCACAUAGCUUCAGUCCUGGGGCUUUUGGAAACCCUCUGACCAGCAUCUCACAGUAAGGCAGAGAGGUUUGGUGGGGUAGGACAGUUUCCAGGGUGCAUUGCUGAGAACUGGCAUUCCUACCUCUGGCAAAACCGCUGAGCUCCUUGCGGCAAGGAAGAGGCCAGGGCAGCCCUGAGCCAUGUCCAACGACCCUCCACCACCCUACCCGGGAGGCCCCUCAGCACCGCCGAUAGAAGAGAAGCACGGCCCACCAUCUGCAACAGAUGGCAUCUCCCCAGCCAUGGUGCAGCCCCAGGGGGCUCCCAUCCCUCCUCCUGAAUUUGGGCCCCCCCCGUAUGAGCCUCCACAGCCGGGCUUCGUGCCCCCACACAUGCCCACAGACAGCUCCGGGCCCUACAUGCCGCCUGCAGGUUAUUAUCCACCCCCAGGCCCUCACCCUCCCAUGGGCUAUUACCCUGCCCCAGGCCACUACCCAUCGCCCGGCGGCCACACGGCGACGGUGCUCGUCCCUUCAGGGACUGCCACCACAGUGACCGUGCUGCAGGGCGAGAUCUUCCAGGGAGCCCCGGUGCAGACAGUGUGUCCCCACUGCCAGCAAGCCAUCACCACCAAGAUCACCUACGAGAUUGGGCUCAUGAGCUUCCUGCUGGGCUUCUUCUGCUGUUUUGUGGGGUGCGAUCUCUGCUGCUGCCUCAUCCCCUGUCUGUUCGAUGACUUCAAGGAUGUGACACACACGUGUCCCAACUGCAAGGCCUAUAUCUACACAUACAAGCGCAUGUGCUAACAGCACCCCAGGAGCCCGAGCCACUGGAAUGACACCGGCCCCUCUCCCACUGCCGUCCUAAUCUAUGCGCGUGCAGCACUCCUUCGCUUACCCUUGGUGGUGUGUAUGUGUGUCCCUUCCCUCCCUCCUGCUCCAGGCUGUGACUGCCUUCCCCAAGCUCUGCCUCUCGCUGUGAACGGUCAGACUGGGGACAUCGUGUGGAUGCACAGGGGCUGAGGGGCUGAGCCCCAGGUGCUGCGUGCAGGGCUCCCUCUGACAGCUGCUCCGCAGCACAGAGGAGCAGGGCUGUCAUUUGGCACCCCGUUGCUCCAGGGCAUCAGCACAGUUCCUCUUGCCUGGAGCAGGCUGGGGAUGAGCAGCAGCUGCUGGAGUGCCCACCCCUCACUGCAGCCCACUGGACACAGUGUGGGGGGGGGAGCAUGGAUAUGCUGCCCCGCUUGCUGUUCUGAGGGGAUGGGGAAAGCAAGAGCAGCUGGCAGAGCACACUGCAGAUGCAGCACGGCCACUGCAUUCAAUUGCAGUCCUUUUAGGAAGUGGCCUGAUGGAGGUUUGACACUGGGGAGACAAAGCAGUCAGUGCCAGUUUCCACCUGGCUCAGGGCCCUCUCCAGCCAGGUCAGUAGAACCUAUAGGCAAUGUGUCCCAAGUAGAGGCACAUGGUGCUGCCUUCAAGGCACAGCCAGGGAAGGGGCUGCAGCACAGCACCCUCAGUCAGCCCAUCCAUCCUGGUAGGGAAGCCCCAGUGCCUGGUGUCCACUGCUGCUCCAGCUGCAUGCACCUCCUCCCAGCCCUGCUGCAGGUGCUUCAGGGAAGGAAAGCCCCUGGCUGUUUCCCACCCACCUGGUAAGCUAUUAGCAGAAGUGCAUACAGCAUGUUGCUACCUGCCCUGGCGCUCUAGAAUAGGGGACUUUGUUACCUGACUGCAGCUGGCUCCCAGCUCUAGAGCAGAUCCCCACCCACUUGCUGCAGAGCUGCACCCUACCCCAAGCCCAGCAGGGUCUGUGGGCACCACAGCAGCACCCACCCUGCUGACACCACAGGUGUAUCCUGAGGGGUUCCUUGUUGCAUGUGGGUGUAGGGGUUUACUUUUAACUCACCUUCCAUGGGGCAGAAAGAUGGGGGCAAGCAGCGACACAAGCUGCCAAUGGCACUGUGAUAGACAAGGGCAGGAGGACCUGAGAGCCAUUCUCAGUUUCCGUGGCCACACCUCAUGCUGGCACCCCCUUGCUCUCACCUCCUGCAGUCAGGGCAGCAGAAGUGUGCAGCCCCCAGAUCUGAGCAGAGGGGCUUCUCAGGGAGCAUGUCUGCAAACAGCCUGGCCUGCACAGGCAGCUGCUGUUUGCUCAGAGGUGGAACUGUGACACUAGUCCCAGUAUUUGUGUGUAAAUAAACAUAAGACCCUGA